GACAAAAAGAAGGUUCUUUCUUUGGCGUAAGGAAGAUUCAAAUUAAUCAACACGCUUCCUCUAAUUUCAAAUAAUAUGAUGUGACGUGAUCCCCAAUCUCACUUUCUUGGAAUUAAACUCUAUUUCACGCCCCAACUUCCACUCCACCGCCCUUACAAAGUAACAACAGAAUACGCGCAAAAUCAUGUCUUAUAUGGGUGGCACCUUCUUAUAUAUAUGCACAACAUAAUCAGCAUCAUAAAAAUAUUCCACAAUACCUUCCAAAUACAGAUUGCAAUUCAAACCUAGCUAUUGCUUUCUUGCCUUACAAACCUUAAUCACUUGGAAGAUUUUCAUUCAAGUCCUAGAAAAUGCAAGCAACAUUUAUAUCCUCGCAUGUGCUUCUAUCAAGCCCUUCUUCGGGAAAUAUAAUGCGCCGAAGUACACCAUUCAAUUCACAUAAUAACAAGAGUUUUAUCUGUGCAUCAAAAAGAGACCCAUUUGGCCAACAAUAUGAUGGCAAGUUGGUGGAUGAGAACAUGAUCAUUCUUAGAAUGCGAAUCCGUGAGAUUGAGAUGGUGGAAACAAAGACUAAAGAUCAUUCUGAUUGGACUGAAUGGGAGAAGAAGUAUUUUGAGAAUUAUGGUUCGGAUGUAUGUGAUGCAGUUGGAUUGUUGCAAAGAAUGUUGAUGAACACUAGACCUGCCUUGGCUGUGGGCAUAUUAGCUCUGUUUAUGCUAAGCAUGUCAAUGUCCAUGUCACUACUUAUGAUUCAUCUCGUGGAGUUGGCAAAUACCUCAAUGAUAACUUUUUCAUCAAUCUAAUUUGGAACCAACCAACACCUGGUGAAGAAAACUGCCAGAUGUGCCAUGGAUUACUAUGUCACAAAUAUUAUUUGUUCAUAAUUUUAUUUCACCGAUUCCAUGUAUGAAUUACAGUGAAAAAAACAAUUCUCUUAGAGUGUGUUUGGAUGGGGGAAUGUUUUGAAGGAAUUCAAAUAUUUGAGGUGAAUUCUAUUGUUUGGAUAAUAAUUUGAAGAAUUUUCAAAAUGAUGGAUAUUUAUGAAGUAUUUUGUUCAAG